AUGAACCUGACAACCCGAGCCUCACCAAAUACAUGCGACCAGUCCACCUUUUAUAAACUGGGGCUCUUUUUACUCUUAAUCUCUUACUCCCAUCAUCUACCCGACCCGUCAUUCUCUUUUGUCAUGGAGGUCGUGCUCCCCGAUGGUGUACCGAACCAAAGUCGUAUCAAACGCAAGCCGCCACCCCGUCUAGACGUUACUGCACGCUAUCCACCGCCCGACCCAAACGAUCCUUUUGCACCGUUAUCUGUGUUGCGAAGUAGAUCUAGUGCUCUCCUCGGCUUUUCAUCCAGUCAGGACAACUUGUCACCUAUAUCCCCACCGGGCUAUCGAGCUUCAUUCCAGCUCUACCCAGCGGCACCGUUGAACCUAGACGAUCUAAUCACAUUUCAAUCACGAUGCGACUUUGAACUUCAUGGAGAACUGGCCACCCCGCCAAGGUCGCCUGUUGCAGAAGCACACUAUAGACGGAGGUCACAGUCAGUCAUGGGCCAGUACAAUGCACACCAAUACUCCGUGACGUUACCAAAAUCUGCGCACAAAGAAAGUUUAUCUCGUGAAGCGGGUAGUGAUAGCAGUGGUACGGAUGUUGAGGGUGUGGACAGCACGCGUCCCACCUCUCCUACCCAGAAUCAGAGAAUCGGUGCCCAUGGCAGAAUCUCUCACUUCUUUACACCCCGUAAAAAACCCAGUCAGAUGAGCAUCAAUAGUUCAGUCUCAAUCGCAUCUUCCAACUCCAAAACCCCCACGAAACUCUCGCUUACUCGUCGGCCGUCUCUUCUCCGACUUCGUUCGCCACUUCAGUCGACCCCCCGUAUUCCACUCCUCCCAGCACCUAUACGCGUACCUUCAACUCCCGCCAAAAACACACUCGAUGGCCGAGUAGGAACGGUUCGGAGGAAUCAUUUCUCUCCAGGCGUGAUCCCGAAGGCGAUCAUGGGUAUCACUCUCAACCUGAGAUCUCUAAUAGCCGGCAAUUUUCACCUCCUCGCCGUUCUCUGA